AUGCCACUCAACUCGAAGGCCGUUUACUCCAGACAAAACCCCGACUUUGCACCCUUCGCAAGUCGGAGGAGUACAGUACACAGCACAAAAGGCAUUGUCACAUGUACUCAACCUCUCGCGGCUGCAGCAGGACAGAAGAUCCUGAGUCAGGGUGGAAAUGCUGCAGAUGCAGCGGUUGCAGUUGCCGCGGCCCUGAACGUUACGGAGCCCUCAUCCACAGGAAUCGGCGGAGACAUGUUCUGCCUCUAUUAUGACGCGGCGACCAAAAAGAUCCAUUCUCUCAAUGGCUCUGGCCGGUACCCCGGCGCCGCAACUCUUGAGAAGAUUAGAGCAGACCUGCAAGCUAAGCCGGAUGAAGCGGGUGGAAUUCCCAUGCAUAGCCCGCUCGCCGUCACGGUCCCCGGCGCAGCAGCAGGAUGGGUAGACACCGUCGAGAAGUUCGGCAGCGGCAAGCUUUCCCUUGAGCAGAUUCUCAGUCCGGCCAUUGAGCUGGCAGAGGAGGGGUUUGCAGUCUCCGAGCUUGCGUCUUACUUUUGGCACGAAAGCGAGAGCCUCUUGCGCAAAGCGUCUCCCAACUCACAUGAGAUGCUUAAAGCAGACCCCGAAGCACAAGACGGCUACCGCAGCCCUCUCCCUGGAGAGAUUCUCAAGAACCCAACCAUGGCGCAGACGUUCCGGUCUCUUGCAGCCAACGGCAAAAAGGGCUUUUACGAGGGCCGCGUCGCGCAGGAGAUUGUCAACGUCAUCCAGUCUCUCGGCGGGUACAUGACACUGGACGACCUCAAAGCGCACGCAGAAACAGGCUCGCAGGAGACUGAAGCCAUCUCGCUCAAGUUCAGCGGGCAAAACAUAACGGACAAACAAACAGCCGGCACAGACGGCGAAACUAACCAAGGCGUCGAGAUCUGGGAGCACCCACCGAACGGUCAGGGGAUUGUAGCACUCAUGGCGCUGGGCAUUCUCCAGGAACUUGAGAAGACCGGCAAAAUCCCGUCCUUCACCGAGAAACAACAUAACAGCGCCGAGUACCUCCAUGCCAUCAUCGAGUCCUUGCGCAUCGCUUUCGCAGACGCCUCCUGGUUCGUCACGGACCCAGACACAACGCCCGUCCCAACAAAAGAACUCCUCUCUCCGUCCUACCUUGCGGAACGCGCCAAGAUCUUCAACCCUAGCGCCGCAUCCGAUAUCCUCGACCAUGGCAGUCCCGCGCACAACCACUGCGACACAGUGUACUUUGCGGUAACCGACGGCGCCGGCAACGGAAUCUCGUUCAUCAAUUCCAACUACGCAGGGUUCGGAUCCGGCAUUAUCCCCAAGGGAUGCGGCUUUACACUGCAAAACCGCGGCGCCAAUUUCUCGCUUUCCCCGAAUCAUCCCAAUGUCCUUGCCCCCGGCAAGAGACCCUACCACACCAUCAUCCCGGCGAUGAUCACGAACGCGUCCGACGGCUCGCUGCACUCCGUCUACGGCGUCAUGGGCGGGUUCAUGCAGCCGCAGGGCCACGUCCAGGUCCUUCUCAAUAUGCUUGCAUUUGGAUACCACCCGCAGGCGGCCCUGGACGCACCUCGUAUCUGCAUUGCGGCGGGCAAUCCCGAGCUUGGAAAGCAGCUUGAUCGGACUGUCUAUGUUGAAGAAGGGAUCAGCGAGGACGCGGUGGAGGGACUGAGGAAAUUGGGACAUCAGGUGAAGGUGCUGAAGGGGUGGGAGAGGGGCAUGUUUGGUCGGGGACAGAUUGUGCGGUGCCACUAUGAUGGCGGGAAAUUGGUGUACAGUGCAGGCAGCGACCUAAGGGGGGAUGGGAUGGCGGUGCCUAUUGUUUGA